AAUCAAUAAGACACCCUUUGACGCCAUUAAAGAACAAGACUUAAUACAUAUCUAAGCGUUCAAUCUUGGAAUUCUGUUCAAUCUUGGAAUUCUACUUUGGUAUCCUAAAUUCACAUUUUUUAAGGCAAACCUGGUGGAUUUAGAGAGAACAUUUGCCUGGCUAUAGUGAUCAGCGAUCUGCGAUCUGAAAGCCAAAGCUGAAACCAUAGCGAAGGGCAGAUGGCGACAGGGGGAGAGGAAAACAGUGGGUUGUUCCCAAUAUUCAUACUGGCCAUGGUGGCGCUAUGGCUGGUGCCCUACACUAUUCACCGCCUGGUCAAUGCCGCCUUCAAGCGCGCCAAGGCCAAGAGCAUACACUGCCACUGCACCCUCUGCCUUCGUUCCGGCAAAUUCCGCACCUCCAUGUCCAAAAAGAUCUCUAAAUUUUCAACGUGUGGUAACUUGACGCUUAUUCUUCUCUGGAUUGUAAUGUUCGUUCUCGUUUAUUAUGUCAAGCAUAUUAGUCGCGAGGUUCAACCCUUUGAGCCAUUUGCAAUUCUUGGAUUGGAACCUGCAGCUUCUGAAGCAGAGAUCAAGAAGGCAUAUCGAAGACUUUCUAUUCAAUAUCACCCUGAUAAAAAUCCGGAUCCAGAGGCCAAUAAGUACUUUGUGGAGUAUAUAUCAAAAGCUUACCAGGCUCUUACUGAUCCUAUAGCUCGUGAGAAUUUUGCAAAAUAUGGUCAUCCAGAUGGAAGACAGGGACUUCAAAUGGGCAUAGCACUACCCGAGUUCUUGUUAAAUGUACAUGGAGCUUCUGGAGGGAUUCUCUUGCUUGGGAUAGUUGGAGUGUGUAUUUUACUGCCUCUUAUGACUGCAGUCAUAUAUCUUUCUCGGUCAUCAAAAUAUACAGGCAACAACGUAAUGCACCAGACACUUUUGAGCUAUUAUUACUUCAUGAAGCCUUCUCUUGCACCCAGUAAGGUAAUGGAUGUCUUUAUUAAGGCAGCAGAAUAUGUGGAGAUGCCAGUUCGCCGCAGUGAUGAUGAGCCUCUCCAGAAACUUUUUAUGGUUGUUCGCAGUGAACUAAAUUUUGAUCCAAAAAGUUUGAAGCAAGAACAAGCAAAGUUUUGGAAGAAGCAUCCAGCCUUGGUUAAGGCCAAAUUAUUGUUACUGGCACAGUUGACUCGUGAGUCAGCAACUGUGCCAUCUGGUUUGCAGUCUGAUUUUAAACAUGUCUUGCAACUUGCCCCUCGCCUGCUUGAAGAACUUAUGAAGAUGGCAGUUAUAGCACGCAAUACUGAAUGUUAUGGCUGGCUGAGACCUGCCCUUGGAGUAAUGGAGCUCUCACAAUGUAUUGUUCAGGCUGUGCCAUUAGGUUCCAGGAAAGUUACUGACAGAAAUGCAAAUGCUGGGGGUCAAACAGAGGGGAUUGCUCCAUUUUUACAACUGCCACAUUUUAGUGAAGCAGUUGUUAAGAAACUAGGUCGCAAAAAGGUGCGCACUCUUCAGGACCUGAGGGAAAUGACUUGUCAAGAGCGCAUGGAAUUGCUAACUCAAGCAGGCUUUUCAGAACUUGAAGCAAAGGAUGUGGAAGUGGUUCUUGAAAUAAUGCCUUCAAUAACCAUAGAUGUUACAUGUGAGACUGAAGGUGAAGAAGGCAUUCAAGAAGGUGACAUAGUCACACUGCGAGCUUGGAUUUCAUUGAAACGUGGAAAUGAUCUCUUUGCUGCUCUUCCUCAUGCUCCUUACUUUCCAUUUCAGAAAGAAGAAAACUAUUGGCUGUUGCUUGCUGAUCCUAUUUCCAAUAAUGUUUGGGUUUCACAGAAGAUCAAUUUCAUGGAUGAGGCUAGUGCAGUGACUGCUGCUUCCAAAGGUAUUCAAGAAUCCUUGGAAGGCUCUGGAGCUAGUGUCAAGGAAAUAAAUGCAGCGGUUAAGGAUGCUGUUGAGAGAGUUAAGAGUGGGUCAAGGUUAGUCAUGGUCAAAUUCCAAGCACCAGCUGAAAGCACAUACAAUCUCACAGCUUACUGUUUAUCCGAUUCUUGGAUAGGCUGUGACAAGAAGAUUAGUGUAAAAUUGAAGGUGGCAAAGCGUAGUAGAGCUGGUACAAGGGGCUUUGUAGCUGAAGAGGGACCUGCUCCGGAAGAUGGAAUUGAAGAGGAAGAAAAUGAAGAAGAUGAAGGUACUUAUGAUGAUUACGAAAGUGAAUAUAGUGAGGAUGAUGAAGAAAGUGAGACUGAGAAGAAAUCUAAAACUGGAAAGCAUUCAAAUGGGAAAUCACAUGUUGAAAAGAGAAGUUCAGAUACUGAUAGUGGAUCAGAUACAGAUGAAGCUUAAAGAAACUUUUGUUGCAACAAAUCAGGGCAAUUCUGAAGAAUCAGUGCCCUCUUUAAUAAAGAAUCAGGUUUAUUGGUAGUAUAGUUAAAGGAUAAAAUUAAUCAUUAUCAAGGGAAUCAAGAUACUUUGAAUUUUCUUGCAGCUUUUUCAACACGAGAGUUACGUAGCUGCCCAUGAAUGUUUUAGUCAAUCUCAGCAAUUUAGGAAAAUAAAAUCUCAUUGUAGUAAUUUCUAUCUUGAAAUCCUUGGGAACAUUUAACUAAUUGUACAUGCUUGCAUGGCCAUUUUUAAUUUGGUGCUAUUAGGAAGUCUUAUAAAAUAACUUAAGCCCAGCAAUUGCUUUCUGUUAAUUAA